AUGAAGAGUGACAACGUUCCCUUCCCGUUCGAGCUCUUUCUCGUCGAUGAGUCUUCGGGAGAGAAGAAGAUCACGGAGAAGCCCUUUGCCGGCAUGUCCAACUGCUCCGACUUUGUCUUGCUGAAGGAGGACCACACGCUUGGCAAUCUUCUCAGCGAGUACCUCAAGCAGUCCCCUCAUGUCAUGAUGGCCGGCUAUAAACUGGCCCAUCCCAAUGUUCCCGAGGUCUUUAUUCGUGUACAGACGGACGGCAGCGUCACCCCACGCGAGGUUAUGAUCGAUGUGUGCAAACAGCUUGUCGCUGCGUAUGGGCAGCUGGGUCGUGAGUUCACGCGAGAGUACGAGCUCCGCCGCAUGGUCGCGGCUGGAAACCAGGACCAGACCAACGGUAUGUGA